AUUACCCAAGGGAUUUCCCCCUAAUGUGGUGAGCUCCAUGAGGAAAAUUAUUUUAUAGCCAAGCUCUAUUUAAUAGCUAGCUAUGGCUUUUCUACAAGAGACCCAGUCCAAUACGGUACAGGGUUCACACGUGAUGGUGGUUGGAACAGGAGGGAUAGGAUGUGAGCUGCUCAAGAACCUAGUGCUGACUGGAUUUCAGAACAUCUCAGCAAUUGACUUGGACACCAUUGAUGUGAGCAAUCUAAACAGACAGUUUCUGUUUCAGAAGAAACAUGUUGGACGUCCUAAGGUUGAAGUUGCCAAGGAAACGGCUCAGUUAUUUAACCCUAACGCCACUAUAACAGCGUACCACGACUCAGUCUUAAAUUCUGAAUAUAAUGUGAAUUUCUUCAAGCAGUUCUCUCUCGUAAUGAAUGCUCUAGACAACAAAGCUGCCCGUAACCAUGUGAACAGACUGUGCCUGGCUGCUGGGGUGACACUGAUAGAGAGUGGGUCUGCCGGCUACCUCGGCCAGGUCACCGUCAUACGGAAAGGUGUGAGUGAGUGUUAUGAGUGCCAGCCCAAGCCAGCUGCCAAGACCUAUCCUGGCUGCACUAUUAGGAACACCCCCUCUGAGCCCAUCCACUGUAUCGUGUGGGCCAAGCACCUCUUCAAUCAACUCUUUGGGGAACCAGACACCGACAAUGAUGUAUCACCUGAGACAGAGAAAGAGGAGGGGAUGGAGUCUGGGGAAGAUGACUCACAUGUGCAGCGUAUUUCCACACGUCAAUGGGCAGAGAAUAAUGACUAUAAUUCAAAGAAACUGUUUCAUAAGCUGUUUAAGAGUGACAUUGAGUACUUGUUGAGUAUGGAGAAGCUUUGGCAGACAAGGAAGCCACCCACACCUCUGGAGCUGGGAAAUUUACCCGGGAAAAACACAAGUGAAGGCUCCACUGGAGGCCUGGCCGAUCAAAGGGUGUGGUCUAUUUCCGAGUGUGCACAAGUAUUCCAAGACUGUGUGGUGGAGCUAAAGAAAGAGUUCACUGCGAAUGGAGAACUGGUUUGGGAUAAGGACGACAAGAGCAGAUUGGACUUUGUAGUGGCAGCUGCCAACUUGAGAUCGUACGCAUACAGCAUACAACAGAAGAGCCGAUUUGAUGUGAAAUCUAUGGCAGGGAACAUAAUUCCAGCGAUUGCGACAACGAACGCGGUCAUUGCUGGGAUCAUAGUAAUGGAGGCUCUUAAGGUGCUCGCUGGAGAGUCCCACAAAUGCAAGACCACCUACCUCCCCAAAUACCCUAACCCCUACAAGAAACUGCUGGUGGCUUGCACACCUAACCCCCCGAAUCCAAAGUGCUACGUCUGUUCACCUAAACCAGAGGCAACAGUGAAGUUUAACUGUAACUCUGUAACAGUGGCCAGUCUGCAAGACAAGAUAAUGAAGAAGCACUUUGGAAUGGUGGCUCCUGAUGUGGAGAUCGAUGACGGGAAAGGCACUAUCCUCUUAUCUAGUGAAGAAGGAGAAACAGAUGAUAAUUUGCCCAAGUGCGUGAGUGAGUUUGGAGUGAGUAAUGGGACUCGACUGAAGGUGGACGACUUCCUACAGAACAUGACACUAGUAAUCACUAUUGUCCACACUGAUACUCCGCUAGAAGAUGAAAAGGAAUUUGAGCAAGUGAAUGAAGAUGAUGUUGAAGGUGAUACAGGUGCUCCCAUGCCCAUAAGUAGUAGAAAAAGAAAGGCUUCCACUGACAGUGAACAGCAGGCUACAAAGAAAGCAAGAAAAGACUCGAACUCCAUUGAGAUAUAAACUCACACAUGACAUGUUUGUCCCUCCCUCCUGAAUCCCUUACAUUUAUCACUGUGGUUCAAGGGUCGUAAACAUCUUUUAAUCUACCUUUGUUGCCAUGAGCG